UGCAGGUACGGACCAUCUGGGGUCAACGACCUCCUCCCCCCCAUCAGUCACCCAGACUGAACCUAAACGAGGUACAACAGCUGCUGUGAGGUCUUCAUCACCCACGGAGACGUCUCUGUGCGAGGAGGAAGAGGAGGAAGAGGAGGCAGACAGCUCGCAGGAGGAAGACGAGUCAGACGCCCCCCAGAGGAGAACGGUGCCGUUCUUCGCCUGGUCCCUGCUGGAGUCCGUCGGCCUCACCGACAUCCAGGAGCCGGAGGGUAAAGAGUGCAGCGACUCCUUCAGCGUCUACAGCAGCGACGGUGGAGGCCGGCGGGAGAUGGCGGCGCUCGGGGAGAUGCUGCGCUGCCUGACGGGACGAUGUCCACACGAGUACGAGAUGUACGGCUGCUACUGUGGACAGGAGGGAGGAGGACAGCCUCUGGACCAGCUGGACAGAUGCUGCUUCUUCCAUCGCUGCUGCCUGAAGCAGAUCGGCUCCAUGGGCUGCAGAGCCGACAGGAAGCUCAACGCUCACGUUUCAUGCGACGGCAGCAACAAACCGCGAUGUCAGGGAGUAACAGUAUGCGACAAGUUGCAGUGUGUGUGUGACAAAGCCACAGCAGAAUGCAUGGCGGCGGCACACUUUAACCACAGCCUGCCUUCCCAACGCUGCCGUGGACCGGCGCCUCCUUGCCGCCGCGCCAGCAGACCUCCCAAACCGCUCCGAGUGCCUCCACCGUCCAGCGAGGAGAGCCAACAGUCUGAGGAGCAGCAGACGAGUUCCUCAGCCCAACAUCCAGACAGUGAUCAAAUUUCUGAUGUAAUGAAUGAAGAGAAGUCAGAUCCUCCAGCUCCAGGAUCAUCAGGUGUCAAAACAACGACGACAACUCCUCCUGCCUCCAGUGAGGAGACCAGAGAGCAGCCGACUGUCAGUGAGAAUCAGAACCAUGACCACCGACCGAAUCAAGACCGACAACCAGCGGAGAGACCGGGAGAACAAUUACAGGAGGAGGAGGAAGAGGAGGAAGAAGAGGAGGAGGAAGCAGAGGACUAUGAACAAGAGGAGGAGGAGGAAGAAAACUAAACAGCGACAUUCUGGGUCAUUUUUGUUUAACAUGGACCUCAAUGAAAACUGUACAAGUCAAAUGCUUUAAUAGAAACAUUUUAUUUGUAUCUCUGGAACAUUAAAAUCCAACACAUUC